CCCCCUGGAAAAUAUUCGCUGCUGAACUGAAAAAAAUCAUCACUUUUAAAACAGCCGAUGUUGUCCAACUUCCUCUUCCCCGGAAAUGGCUGAGUAGUUCUCUGCUCCUCCGCCUUGCCCCAGUCGCGAUCACCUGGGGACACCACGCCCUUUCCUCUGCUUCUACACGCACGGCCCCGACCCCAACGCCUCCGCCCACCACCCGACGCCUGCGCACGGGUUCCUAGCCCGCGGACUGCGACCCUGUGCCAACCACAGCCAUCAUAUCGCAUUCAGUCUUUCCCGAGCGCAAGCUGCAGCUUUGCGCCCCCUUCUAGAAAAACGAGUGUAGCUGGCGAAGAGGUUUUGGCCUACUUUGGGCCCCUGCCUGGGCCAAUGGGGAGGAAGCUAUUCGACGCCCUUUCCACUGGGUGCUAGGUGGCCCGUUCUCCCUGCCAAGUGCUUGGGGGUGCAGGUCCUGAGGCUGAGAGGAGGGCGGUAGAGAGACACGAAGUGUAGCUUCUGAGCUGAAUGAUGACAACAUUGCAGAGUAAAGAAGAAUAUGGGAAAGGACCAAAAAAAACCUUUGCUCCACCUGCACAAAAAUUGCAUAGCCUGAUGUCCUAUAGCCCUAACUCACCCAAAGAGGAGACCCUGGGGAUCAGUUCUCCAGUGGUACAAGCCAGGCCAAACCUGCUAAAGGCCAGGUUAGAGAAGAAGAAGAAGAAGGCAAAAGCAACCACAAAGAAUGGUCCAAGCAGUGGCCAGGAGAAGAAAGUAAAGGCUCAAGACAACAAGCAAGCAGAGAAGAAAAAAAAGGAAAAAUCAAGUCUUACCAAUGCAGAAUUUGAGGAGAUUUUCCAGCUUGUGCUACAGAAGUCCUUCCAGCAGAGCUUGGGGAUGGAAUCUAGCCUUGAUUUUACAGAGACUUCCUGUGCCCAGCCCCUAAGAUGCACCCAGUUAGACAAGGAACCAGGAAUUGCUUCCACUACUGAUAAUGAUAAUGCUGAUGGAGAGAGGGUAAUGGUGCCUCAUAUUCUAGAGAUUUCAGCCUCUCAGGAGGAUGGAGUAAUCCCUGAGAUAAAGACAUCUCAGCCAGGCCAGCCAGCUCCUGCACCCCCCAAGAAGAAAUUCAAUAGACUCUCCUUAAGUAAAAGAAAGAAGGAAGCUCAAGAUGAGAAAAUGAAAAAAGCCCAAAGUGGACAUGAGCACAGACAGAAAGACCAAUCAAAAAAAAUGGUUCAGGUUCAUUCUCAGAUCAUGGAUCAACAAAAAGAAGAAGAAAGUGGUUUUGGCCAGUGUCUAGUCUGGGUCCAGUGUUCUUUCCCAAAUUGUGAGAAAUGGAGGCGACUUCAUGGGAACAUUGAUCCCGCAAUCCUUCCAAAUAAUUGGUCCUGUGAGCAGAAUACAGAUUUGGAGUAUAAUCGCUGUGAUAUCCCUGAGGAGUCCUGGACAGGGUGUGAGAGUGAUGUGGCCUAUGCCUCCUACAUCCCAGGAUCCAUCAUCUGGGCCAAGCAAUAUGGUUACCCCUGGUGGCCAGGCAUGGUAGAAUCUGAUCCUGACCUAGGGGAGUAUUUUCUUUUUGCUUCACAUCUUGAUUCCCUGCCGUCUAAGUACCAUGUGACAUUUUUUGGAAAAACAGCCUCUCGUGCUUGGAUCCCAGUCAACAUGCUAAAGAACUUCAAGGAUCUGUCUUUGGAGCUAGCUGGAGUGGGGAAGGUAUGUUGGGAGAAAGUCCCCUGUCUGACCAAGUGUGCAAAGAGAAAGUACAAGAACAAGGACUGCAUCCACAAAUUGGGGGCAGCCGUGAUAAUGGCUCAAGAGGCAGAACAGAUCAGUAUUCAGGAACGGGUUAACUUGUUUGGUUUCUGGAGCCGAUACAGCAGAUCUGGCAAUAGUGCAGAAGGAAAAGACUUAAUGCUCUCUGGGGCUAACACCUCAGAUUCCUCCUUGGAGAGAGAAGAGAAAGAGUCCGAGUUGGAGGAGGAGGAAGAAGAGGAAAAAGUCCUAACUUUGCCUACUCCCAAGUCAGCCAAAGUUCAGACAAAAAAACCUAAUGCAAGAGGCAUAGCAGCUAGACCAGAUGGGACCCCGCAAAGGAUGAUCGUGAAGAGACCUCUGGUAAAUGAACCUGCUGCUGCUCCUGUACCCAUAACGGGAAGCAAAGAAGUACACGGGAAUUCAGAUCCUGAACAGCCAGUUUUGUCACUGUUUCAUUUAGGCGCUAAGAAAAAAUUUAAAACUCCCCAGAGCAAGGUCUCAGUAACCAGCUUGUCUGAAGAGAAAGAGGUUAGAAUGGUGCCAAAGGGCCUGAUCGCACCAUCUCAUCAAGGGACCUGUCCUGCUAUGGGGAAAGAAGGGCCUGGACCCCAGGAGCCACUGCCUCAGGAUGCUGGAAGCUUCCCCUCCGACGAUGAAGCCUCCAGUGACCUGGACCUGGAGCAACUCAUGGAAGAUAUUGGACAAGAAUUGGAGCAGAGGGUGGAGCCACAGUAUAGAGAUGACGCAGAGGAGUUCACCUUCUUUGAGGAGUAGUUCUGUGCUCUUGUGUUCUCUCACCUCGUUCCCUGGGAGCAGAAGAGAGAGCCUGUCAGAGGGUCCCUGAGAAGUUUUGCAAUUGGUCAUUGACUACAAGGUUAAUUGGCUAAAGUUAGAGUUGUGCGGUUUAUGUGUUAAUAAAAUAUGUUACCUGCUUAAUUGAUUUGGUUUGUCUCUAACUACAUGCUUCCUUUGGCUUCUCUCCCUACUCCGUCAUGUCACUGUGGCACAUCAUCGUUUCUGCUGGGAGGCCUGCACAGUAUAGGAAUCUGGGGAGGCAGUGACACCUGAGUCCUGGGAGAAGGACAUCGAGACAGGCAGGUCUCAGUUCAAAUCCUGGCUCACCACUUACUAGCUGUGUGGCCUUGGGAAAAACACCAUAACCGUCCUGGCUCCUCGUUUCAUGCCUCAAAUGAGUACUUCCUAUACCAUAUUCAGGGAUGUUCAUGAAUGUUUAAAUGAGGUAAUGCAUGUAAAGGCUUAACACGAUACAUGCCAAUUAUCAUUGUAAGGGAAAUAGAAUGGUUAGACUCGGGGGCAGACCUUGGG